AUGUCAAACAUAUUGGAAGAAACCCAAAUUUAUUUGAAUGGAAAUGUUGUGUUGACUAAAGGAAAUGACAGCACAGUUGGUCUGUACAAGGUUCUUUUUGAAGUAAAUGACAUUGAGAGAUAUCGAUUUGCUAUUAAAUACAAGACGAAAGAGAAAACUAUGUUCAAACUCAAAUGGAGUAUUGAAAAUAUCUACGAGUAUGUACUUUUAACAACACCCAUUCCAGAGGUAUCAAUAGGCGCAUCUGUAAUUCUACCUGAUUUCAUCAAGAAUAUCAAGAGUAUUGUUUCAUUCCAGUAUGUCACAAAUAACCUUUGUUUUUGGUAUUGUUUUGCUCGUUAUAAGUAUCCAGAAAUCAGAUUAGACAGAUUAUCAAAGAAAGCAAAAGAUCUUUACAAGGAUUAUUACAAAACCAACGUAAAGAAGUGUUAUCCCAAACUUGAUAUUCAAGAAUUGGAAGAGAUUGAGAGCCAUUUCUUUGUAAAUGUCAACAUAUACCGAUUCAAUGGAAAGAAAGCGGUUAUGGAACGACAUUCAGGACACAAAUAUCUGCAAUCGUUGUAUUCAAAGUAUUCUCGGUUCUUUGUAAUGAUGGCCAAUUUGGACGAUGCAAAGGUUCAGAAACGAUUAAGAUUACAAUUACUAGAAUGGCUUGGUGUUCUGGCUAUUUAUGGCUUCAAUAGCUCAUCAUAUGACAUCGACAUCAUCAAGAAAUACCCUCCACAAGUCUUGAAACACUCUAAAAAACAUGGAAAUGUAUCCAAAUGCGAAAAGCUUUGA